ACUCAUUCUUCCUUUCGAUGUGACUCGCCAGCGAAAUGCAGCCUCCCCAUUUGGCCCAAUUUCCUCCCCUGCACACGGGGAGAAGCUUUAUCUGUUACCGGGAUGUGAACAAGGCCAUCGAGAAGCACAGGGAGCUGUAUGGACUCCGUCUGGUGUUGAAAAGGGCGGUGAAGCUGGAGAAUUACUGCCUCACGGUGGACCAGAUGCGGGACCUGAAUUUUCGCUUGAAAUAUGGCGAGUUAGUUUAUCAGUGUUCUGUCGACAACGGACGUCCAGGGCGACCAGGCAACGACGAGCGGUGUCCACGCUUGGUGCGCCUGCGGUUGAGUCCUGAUGCACGCACAUUGGUGGUUUAUGACACACACACCCAUGAGCCCCCAAAAUCCCCAGGACAGUUCCAGAGUUUAUCUCCGCCAUGUCCAGUCCCAGAACCUGCACCGGCAUUAUCAGAAGGAGUGGAGUCGUCCUCCCCAUCAGGACAGCAGCCUUCUCCGUCCACGCCUCGACUACCUUUGCCGAACACUCAGCGCGUCACCACCACUCCGGAAGGGAACCAGACGCCAACAUCAGCACAUGGGUAUGAGAAGAUAACAGUCAAGCUAAAAAAGUCUCAGUUCUCUCCCAACGAGAUGGUCGUUGUGGGCAGUGCAAGGGACGCUCAGGAACAGUUUGAACUAAGAAACUCGCCAGAAAAAAUGACCACUACUACUAAUGCCUCGGGCCCAAAGGUCAUAGAAAAGGCUGCAGUAAAACCAGUCCAAAGACAACUCACUCAAAAAACCAUCGAUUUUUACUCUACUCCAAAGGCUGAUAAACCGCCUGUCAAGCCCGUGGAGAAGUUUAUCACAAAAAGUGCCGAGAGGGCGGUGACAAAGCCGCCUGAAAAAAUCACAAAACCCGCCGAGAAGGUUGCAGUAAAACCUCCGGAGAAAAUAAGUACAAAGUCUACAGAGAGAGCGGUAGGCAGGCCGAGUGAAAGGGUUGCGGGAAGACCUGCCGAGAAGGGAAACAACAGGCAGACGGAGCGAUGUGUAGGCAGGCCUCCGGUGAGGGUCCCCCAGCGCACAAAUGAAAGAGGAAACGUCAGAAGUUCCGGAACUGUGUCAAGUACUUCAGGAAAUGUAGUCGGCUCUUAUCCUAAGGCUAAUGGUGUCGGCCGGCCACCACUGGGCAUCAACAAGAAAGUUCACAAAGGAAAACGAACAAAAUCUGCUGAACCAAACCUGGAUUUAACAUCACUCGCACCUCUUGACACAGAACUGGGAUUCAGUGAAAAGCAGCAACUUGCCCACGGGGUCUUACUUCGGUUACUGAGGAUUACCAGCCAAUUACCUAUGAUUGAAUUUACGCAUGCCUUGGAGACUCUUGAAAUGCUGACUGAUGCGUUUAAGCUGGAACAACGUGUUAAUUUGACCAUUAAUCAUGACCAUGAGGAAGAAACUAAUGGUGACUACCUUGAAGAAAUGUACGAGGACAGGGACAUGGAAACUGAGGACUAUAAUCAUCAUUUUUCCGAUAAUGAAAACGGAGUGAGCUCUACAACAAGCGAGCAUCAGGUAGCCAUCGCGCAGCUGGAUGGACAGGGAGACGGAGUCAAUGAGACUAGCAUUUCGGAGGAAGUGGAGUCAAGAGAAUCACUAAAGAGAGCCGUUGUUGGUGAUGUAGUUUGUAAGGAAGGAGAUGCUGAAUAUAUUGGUCAGUCUUGCAAAGUACCUAGACUAUCUAUGUGAAUUUAGUCACAUAAGUAGCUCCAGGAGUGACUUUAGAUGAAACUUAAUUUUAGUCUUGAAAUCUGUCUCACAUAAAAUUGAAAUGCAUUUUUAUUUCAAGGUUAUAAAAUGCAGUUCUAAUUUAAAAGUUUGGCAAUAAGAACCAUACAAAUGUUGGUGUUACUUUUUAUUAUCAUCAUCAUUAUCACAUCAUCAAUGUCAUCAUCAUUUGUCAUUUCCAUUGUAACAUCAUCAUAACUGGUAUGAUCUUUAUUACGGAUAAUAACAUUUUCAUCUUCACCAUCAUUAUUUCCAUCUUACAGUCAUCAUCAUCAUCAUUGGCAUUAUAGUUACGAUUGAGGUAAUUAAUAUUAAUUAUAAUAUAAUAACUGAUGAUAACAGUAAUUAUGAUAACAUAAGGUAUCAUUGCCAUCAUCAUCAUCAUCCUCAUCAUCACCAUCAUUGAUAUUCACAUAAUAGUAACUAGUACCAUUAUUUUUACAUAUUUAACAGUUGAAAAUCUGAACUGUUUUACAAGAAGAUGAUAUAUAAUAUAGAGCUUUUAAUUAAAAUACAAACACCGAUGGUAACCAUAAACUAGCAUAAUCAACAAGAUUGUGUCUCUUAAAUGAAGUAUUUAAACUAAAACUUUUCAGGAAGGAGAGUACACAGUCAGCAAUAAUUUUUGAUAUAGCUGAAGGUCCUGGUUCAGUGCCGGUCCUCUGUGCUAAAGCUAGGUCAUCAAUGUAACUGAAACGGAGCAUCAGCAGUGGUCGUGAAAGUCUAUGCAGCCUUUUUCCCCACAUUUGUAAUUGAUAUACACAGUUUUGUUGCUAUAUUUGUUAUGUCAGUUUUUAGGUGAUCAGAAUGUAUGUUCAUUGAUCGAACAAUUUUAGGUGUUUUUUUUACUCAGUAUGUAUCUUCGUUUUUGCUGGAGACUGUAUGCAGGUUGAAUUGAGUAUUUUUCUUUUGAACAGAUGAUGUUACUCAAAGGGCAACUUUCUUAUUUUCUUUUUAAUUAUAUUGAAAGCUUGACAGCUUUUAAUUUGCAAAUGCGCGCACGCGCACGCACACGCACGCAC